GUGAUCCCUUUUUCAAAUCGGGUCGGUUCGGUUAGAUGAUCGAAUUGGGUUUAGCACUUUAGCCACAUUGCUCUAGCGUCUAACCUCUACGGGAGGACUGAGAAAGAACUAGUCUAAACCCUAACUCCGUCGCCGGCGAGACUUAGCUUCCAAUUCGGAAGAGUUCCUCAUGUUCGCCAAUGGAAAACUGGGGCUCCUUUCUAUUCGGCGGCACCAACUUCGAUAGGAAGAAGUUCGCCGGCGUUUUUGGACAAGAAAGAAACCGAUAGUAAAGUGGAGGACUUGCCGUUGUUCGACAAUGGAAGCCUCGAACCAGAGGAACCAGCAGUUUCCAUCAAGAAGAGAAAGCGAAAGGGAAAGCGUGGAAUGGCAAUGCAGAAGAGGGUGAAAGCACUUCAUCAACUGCAGCAUUUAUUGUCCAGAUCUGAGUUCUGUCCUGUUGAAGCUGCUCUUAAAGCGGGAGCUAUACCCUUACUUGUUCAGUGUCCUUCAUUUGGCUCUCCAGAUGAACAAGUUUGAAGAAUUGAAGUUAUUUUGGACUUCAUUGCUUUACCAUUAGGAAUGUUUCUCUUCCCUCUAUAGGCAUAAUCCUAAAUUCUAGUUUAUGGCACUUGUUUAUCUAAUCCUUGUAAAAUUCACUUACAUUGAUCAUGUAUCUAGUAGAUUUGUGUUCUUCAGACCAUUUAGAGUUUUAAAUGAAGUGAUAAUUCUAGGAAUUUAAACAAAUAUAUUUUGAUGUCUUUGUUUUAUCUGUCAUACCACAGUUUCUUGAGGCAGCCUGGUGUCUUACAAAUGUUGCAGUUGGAAAACCAGAAGAAACAAAAGCUCUGUUGCCUGCAUUACCUUUGCUUAUUGCUCACCUUGGAGAAAAAAGUUCCUUCCCUGUUGCUGAACAGUGUGCGUGGGCAUUGGGAAAUGUAGCUGGUGAAGGAGAGGAGUUGAGGAAUGUUUUGCUAUCUCAAGGGGCCUUACCACCUCUUGCAAGAAUGAUGCUGCCAAACAAAGGUUCCACUGUGAGAACAACUGCUUGGGCAUUGUCAAACCUUAUCAAGGUUUUGGAACCUUUUCUAAUCAAUGGAUUUCACUCUGUUAUAUGAUAUUAAUGAACUUUGUUAAAGUACAAUUUAUGUAGUUGUAGUUCUUUGUAUGUGUGAGCAUAUAAUUUCAAGUUUUCCUUUUCAACAUACCUCAGUGAGCUUGAAUGUAGGGACCAGAUCCUAAAGCUGCGACAGAACUCAUCAGAGUUGAGGGAGCACUAGAUUCAAUUCUCCAGCACUUACGAAAAUUGGACGAGGAGCUGGCAACUGAAGUAGCAUGGGUGGUUGUGUAUCUCUCAGCCCUUACCAAUUUUGCCUCUAGUAUGCUCAUGAAGAGUGGUGUCCUUCCAGUUCUUGUGGAAAGGUUGGCAACAUCAAAUAGUUUGCAACUUCUCAUUCCGGAAGCAGCAUGGGUACUAUCAAACAUUGCUGCUGGUUCCAUUGAGCAUAAGCAGCUGAUAUAUUAUACUGAAGCACUGCCCUUAUUGUUACACGUUCUUUCUUUGGCACCUUUUGAUAUAAGAGAGGAAGUGGCCUAUGUGUUGGGAAACAUCUGUGUUGCCCCAACAGAGGGUGAUGGAAAGCCAAAUCUGAUUGUCGAGCACUUGGUUUCCCUUGUUCAGAAAGGGUGUCUCUCUGGUUUCAUUGAUUUGGUUAGAUCUGCGGAUACUGAGGCUGCAAGACUAGGACUUCAAUUUAUGGAGCUGAAGUAAAUCUAAUAAUUAGCUUAUCUGUCAAUUUUUGCGUCAAUUAAGCACUUAUUAUAGCGGAAGCGGAUUAGCAGUCUAAAUUGAUUCCAUUCUAGUUUACUGGUUGUUGUUUUGCUUUUUACAAUGAAAUGAUCCAACGCAUUUCACAGUGUAAAAGUCAACUAUCUGCUGCUCUCGUAUACCUCGGAUUUCCUUCCCUAUAUGGACAAGUUUAUUGU